CAAAGUUGAUGUUGUUUCAUUGUGUGCGUGAGUUGGUUUCAAAAAACGUCGUUGAAGUGAAUGUUUAACUGAAAACUGUAUUGCAUGUAUGUGAAGUGUCGACGAUCGAAUGUUUCAAGUUUUUUUUUAUCUAUUGUGUUUGUAUAUUCAAUGAUUUUCUGAAUAUUUUCGGAAGUAAAAUAAGUGAAUUGUACUGUUUGCAUGAAGAAAAAACCAUGAAAAAGAAUGAACAUGUGAAAACAGCGAUUCGGUGGCGUCCAAAAACCGAAAACAAGGAAGUUGUCAUUGAAAAAGUGAACAACAAAAUUAUCAGCGUGCAAGGGAAUUCGGAGCCGUUUAUGGUUGAUACUGUGUUUGACAGUUCAGAACAGAGUGAAGUGUUCGAUGUUUUGGUGAAGCCACUGAUUGACAAAGCGAUUGAAGGCUUUGACUUUACAUUCUUGGCCACGGGUCAAACGGGCAGCGGCAAAACGUAUACCAUGGGCUUUGAACGCAGUGUGGAUCCAGAGAACAGUGGCAUAGUCACGCGUGUAUUGAAUUCACUGUUUUCCCACAAAAAUGCGCCCCAAUUUCAAAUGCAAAUAUCGUUUAUUGAAGUUUACAACAAUCAAGCGUUUGAUUUGUUGAACUCAACUGGCGAAAAGCCAUUCUACACAAAAGAACAUCCAAAUCAUCGGACAAAAACAGGCUCUAAGCAAUUGGUGAACACUGCAGCGGAAGUAUUGACGUUGCUAUCAGCGGGCAUUGAAAAACGACGAGUCCGCGAAACAAAAAUGAAUUCGAUCAGCUCUCGUUCGCAUGUGAUAUUCACCAUUUAUUUGAAUGUCACACAAAAAGAUAAUUCUAUCAGACCGACGGUAAUCAAUUUGGUGGAUUUGGCCGGCUCAGAAGGCUUUCGAAAGACUGGGAACACGGGUCAAGCUCACGCCGAAGGGAAGAGCAUCAACGAAGGUUUGACAGCAUUCAAACGAGUAAUUGAUGCAAUGGCAUCUGCCCGCCCCGACACUCAUAUUCCAUUCAGAGACUCGGUCAUCACUAAGCUUUUACAAGAUUCGCUGAAUUUACGCUCGUAUUUGACUUUAUUGGGCUGUAUUAGUCCGUACAAAGACGAUAGAGGCGAAACGUUGGCCACGCUACGGUUUGUAUGCGAGGCAAAAAAAAUGAAAAUGACACCACAAAUGAAAGAACUCGUCAUCAAUUAUAGGAAAUCAAUGACACCGGUCAAGCAAGCUAAUGUCAGCCGAACACUGAAAACAACGAAUUCAUCGCUGAAAGCGAGAAAUUCAAUCAAAUCAUUCACGCCAUUCAAGCGGCCAUUUCCAAUACACAACAAAUCGUCGCUCUUGUCAAAGCAAAUGAGUGAACCACGCAGACCAUUUGUAUCAUCGAAUGUCAGUUCGAGUGCAUCGAAGCACCACAGUCGAAUGUCAGCAAUAAGUUCCACAUCGAAGAAGACGAGCCUAAACCAGUCAAAUAGGAAUCUUCGCAGUUCGGUCGGUGGUCAAGCGAAAAAACCAAAAGCUGUCAUCAAUUUGUUCCCAACGGAGGAGAAUGAUACAAAGUUCGUAAACGAUUCCAUCUUGAGUUGCGACAAUUGGAAUGCGUCAUCGUCGAGUGUAAUUGAAGUUGAGCCAAUUACACCUGAGCCAUCAAAUGUGAAUCAAGUACAACUCAAUCAGACGGAAAUGAUUAGAAAGCAAUUAGCUCAAACUCUUAAAACCUUAGUUAAAACACCAAUGCGUGAACAACUUAUCAAUAACGUCAUCAAGGCCGUUGGUAGCCAGUUUAAGGAAAACGAUGGACAAAUCGAUGAACAAAAUGAUGUGAAAGAUAUUAAGCCAGUACCAUCAAUAAUUCAAUCAUCACCAUUGUCAUCACCGUUGCCGUCACCGUCACCAUCACCAUCACCGUCACCGUCACCACCGCAGACGUCAGUACAAUCACCUAUGAAAAAUUGCAUUGAUCCAACCACACCAAUCAAAAUCCAUCAAACGGUGGAGAAGCAUGAAUUAGCGGUAAUGAAUGAAGAUGAUUCAACUCUGGAUGACACGCCCAAUGACGUGACCAUGAUUGAAAAUAUCAUUCCACAAACUGCAAUUGAUACUCCAAUGGAUGUGGAUCAAGAUGAGCAAAAAAUAUUGAUGGUCACUUCGACCAACCAUAUUCCGGUUGAUUUGCCGCCACCUUGUGUCAAUGAGCAAGGUGAAACCGCAAUAUUGAGCUCAGAAAUAUCAUUUCCGCAUCUCGAUGUGAUUACCGAGGUAACAGAAGUGAACUCUAUCGAAGAAGCGUCGGAAAAAACGAUCGAAAAAUCUAUUUUCGCUUGCGCAUCGAUCCAAGAAGACGUUUCUGUUGCGAAGUCUGAACUGUCACAGGUCACACAAAAUUAUGACCCAAUAUUUGAUGAUACCAUUUCGGAUGUGGCGGAUGAAGUCUUAAACCAAUUCGUAUCACCAUUAGUAUUCCGAAAAGUGGAAAAAGCUCCAGAUCUCGAAGUGACAUCGAUGUACAAAAUUGUGAAAAAAAUUCACAACGAGGAGCCAUCGAUGGCAAAUUGCGUUGAAUAUUCUUACCCUGACGUUGAGUACGAGGAGCCAGCGAUGGCAAAUUGCAAUGAAUAUUCUUACCCUGACGUUGAAUACUCAUUGGCUGAUCAACAAACGGCUGUGAAUUCGAUUCCAGAGCAAUUCGAAGCAGAAACACCAAAAACACCCCAACCGCCGGUCAUCGAUCGUACCAAAACCAUUCGGUUUGCAUUCUCACCACGCAUUAUAUUGCAUCGAAUCGAAAACAUUUUCAAAUACCAGCAAAAUUUGAAGCGGGCCUCAUCGCAGAUGGAAACUUUAGACACUCGGAAACCAAAGCGUGCCAAAGUUACACGAACUGGAUCUAAUCGUAAGACGUCACGAGCAAAAGCGAAACCAAAAACACCAAAAGCGACAAAAGCAAAGACUAACGCCACGUCUAGUGCAAUAGUAGCCGCAACGCCAGUCCCAACACCAAAUGUGGCAUCAAUAUUGAUUGAGAACAACAGAGCGGUUCUGCAUAUCCUUAACACUGGAACGGUAAAGGACAUUGGUAAAUUGGCGACGAUUGGCCCCAAGAAAGCCGUCACAAUUUUCAACUACAGGGCCCUUCACGGUGAAUUCGUAAACAUUGAUAGCAUGAAGGUCUUUUGGUCGGAUAAGGCUCACCAGAAAUUUUUGAUGCAAAACAACCUGAUCGUUUAAACGAAAGCAAAUCAAAUAAAAAAAAAUCAUUUAAAAGAAAACCGAUAUAAUAGAAAACGAGUUUCGCAUUCGUUGUAGGAACAUAGAUUUAUUGAUAUCCCAGUAUAUAUAUGUAACUAUCGAUAAGUAUAUAUUCAAUAAAAAAAAUCAAUUGAAAUCCAAAUAAAAACAAA